UUGUCAGAAAGCACGUCGCCUCAGUCUGGUCGCCGUUGGCCGGUUCCAGGUUGUAGCGGUGCCGACAGAGCUUCAGGAGGCUAUGCAAGGACUCGCUAUGAUGUGAAGGAGUACGUCAACCUGACAAACAGCGACUUGUCCACUUGGCUGGCCAACACUGCUGCCCUCUCCUCCUCCUCUGCGAAACGACGUGGCCUUCAUGUGGACGCCGAGGGAGAUUUGGAUGAAGAGGAUGUAGAGCAGGUCAUCGAAAAUGGCAGGUUGGAUGAUGAGAGAGAGGAGUUAAACGCUGGGGUCAUGAGUCAACUGUCCAAGGGUAUUCGUAAGCUUGGCACUUGUUCGAAGCCGAGCGAAACUGACUCUGGCCUCCCAGACCGGUCAGAGGUGACCGGCAUCAUGUCCUCUGUUGUCGGAAUUUGUUCUGCCACUGCUCCUGUCACCUCCGGUGCUGUCAGCGGUUCUCCCGCCGUGGCAGUCCUCGAUGAAAUCGAGGAGGAAGAUGAGGAGGAAGAAGAAGAGGAGGGAAGAAACGGCCAAGAGGGGGGUGUGUGUGAAAGGGGAGGAAAGGAGAAUAGUCUCCAGCGCAUAGACCAACAUGCGGAGUCUGGAGGUGAGAAGUUUCUCUGCCGCUGGCAGGCUGGAGCCGGCGGAUAUCUGGCUCCAUCGAGACCGCAAUCUGGAAGACGGAGAGGCGUUACUAGUCGAAACGGUCGGGUGCAUCGAGAAAGAGAAUCGCGUCAUACCUACCCGUUGGACGAGAGUGUAGCAACGACAGCCGAAGAACUCGAUGUUGUCGAUGCUGGCUCGUUGAUUGCGGAGCGCGACGAGAUGGUGGACCAAAGAGAAGAUGAACAACACAAAGCGGAUAAACAGGGGGCAAGAAUGAGGGAUCUACUGGGUCGUGAUGCUUUGCAGGUUGAAGCACCUCCGCCCUAUGGCCUCCUUGACGCCGACUCCUAUCUCCGGCCCUCCCCAUCGCCGUGUGUGCCUUUGGAGGCUGCCUUCCCCAGGGUUCGCGUGGCCUGUUCCUCCCCACUCCUUCAUUCCCCUCGGUCAUCCAGCCGACCAGUCAGUCCCCACAUGCUGCAUCCUCUGCCCGUACCACCCACACCACUCGGUGCCUACCUCCAGAUGAGUCGACGCUGUGCGCCCGGCCAGGGUCAACACCAACUUCAGCACCAACAUCCACAGACACCACAGCCGCCACAAACGCAACCACUACAACAACCUCAACCACCACAACCACAACAGCACCCGCAUGUUGAUCUUUCUGAUCCUCGAAAUUCUGAAUUGGCAGCAGCCAUGUUUUACGCGACGCAGGGCAUCCAGCAUCAGCUCUAUCAUCAGCACCAGCACCAGCUGCAUCAGCUACAUCAGCAGUUCCACCAACACCAGCUGCAACAGCAGCAGCAGCAACAGCAACAACAAGAUAAACCGACAGUUCUCCAGCCGGGCCAGCAAAUUCCUCCCCCACUUCCACCAUUGCUGGCUCCUCCUCUUCCACAGGCAUAUCAAUCAGUGCCUCCGCCCUCAAUGACAGUAGCUUCCGGCCCUGGUCAGCUGUUGGGGGCCAAGGCGUACUGCGCCGAAGCCCAACCAUCUGGACUCGCGCCUCAGACGGUGACCGUACCGACGACUCCGUUGUCGGCCCAUCCCUACCUCCCAUACUACUACUAUUACUACUAUCUUCACAAUUGUCCACCUCCGAUAUGUGAGCACGCCAACAACACAUUGGACCAUCUAGCCCGGGUUCAGACCGGUCCCGAAGAUGCUGCUCGUGGGUUUUGA